ACUAGAUUUUUUGUUUCAUUUUGAGAAAUUUAUUGCCUAGGAAUCAUUUUGUUGCUGAUAGAUGCCGAAAUUACUAUAAAAUAUGGCUGUUAAUUCAAAUCACAAUGUAAAUGUUGAACUUUAUGGAUCCUCUUCUAAUGGUUUUACGGCCAAUCAAGACACUUCGUCUUCAUACAGUGAAAUGGAUUUAUAUCGUGGCAAUUCCGUUGUCGUUUACAAAAAUGAGACAAACUACUGGACAGAAAUGUGUUUCCCAGAGGAAAGUAAUUGCCAGAUGCAAGUAGAAAGUUACGAAGCACACAGACAUAUUUUGCCGUUUUCACACUGUGACGAGUCGCAAGAAAAUAUGUGCCAUUGUUGCGGACAAUAUAGGGACGACGUGACGGAUUAUAGUCGCAGCUGGCACCAAUUUUCGGACGUCACGAUCGAACCCGUUCGUUUUCUGACUGGCUGGGAAAAUGAACCGACUUCGUCCGAUACUUCAGCGGGGAAUAGCGAAUCUGAGGGUGAGCCAAGUAAAAAUAAAUCCAAACCCGUGCGGCGCGUUCCUGAGCUCGUGCGAAUAGGGGCAACAGUGAGAGAGAGAACGCGCAUGCAUAUGUUGAACGACGCCUUUGAUGAACUUAGGAAAGUAGUUCCGAAAAACAGUCUUGGAGAACACCAAAAAUUGUCCAAAAUUGCGACAUUAAGGUUGGCUAUACAGUAUAUUGCCGCGCUUGUGACGACCCUGCGAACAUCCGGUGUGGAAAUAGCAAAGAUUCGGGGUUCGUGUAUUGGAGACCGGCGUGGAAAGAGACGGUCAAAACUGGUGAAGAAAUUUUUCGUAAAGUAAAUGACUUCAUGACAUCCUUUUCAAACAACUUGUUCUACAGUUGUUCAAACAAUUGUCGGAAAAAAAAUGGUAUUUUCUUGGAUUUACUAAGUGAUAUUUAAAUGAACCUACACAUUUUAUGUAAUGACUGAUUCUUUCCUUUUUGUGUAAUUUUAUAUUUUCUCCGGAAUAAUUGUGUAAUUAUCACUAUCCUUUGAAUUACUCCCAACUGAUGUUAGAAGUAAUUUUAUCCGUGUUUUAUGUUUUUAUGAUGUUCAGUAUUGAAGAUAAUUAUUUUUAUGACUUUUUAAUUUCGAUAUGCUAAUUCACGACCAUGCUCAAAGCGGCAUCUUAAAUUUCUGACUUUAAAAACAAAUGAUGUAAUUUAUUCGCGUCGAUUUUAUAUCGGGAUAUUCAAAUGGAAAAUGUUAAUCAUCACAGAAUUAUUAUGGAAUUGUAAGAGAUAAUAUUUUAAUGCUAUGAACGCAUGUGACCUUACAAUGAUUUCUCUCCGGAAGCUCCAGUUCAUCAAGGGGCAUGAGCAAUUUGUGUUUGCGCAUGUGCACACACCUAAUAUUUUAAAGACAUUGCUGGAUCUACAGUUUUGUAUCUUUUGCCUUUGAAAAAAAACUCCUUAUGCAAAAAUGGACUAACCGUUAAUAACUUUUCUUUCAGAGGAUGAAAAGAAAAAAAUAAUAAAGUAAUAUUCUGAGGUUAGAACGAUUCCAUAGAUUUAGAAUGUCGCUUCUUUCAUAAGGACAAAGACAAAAAUAGACCAUAGAUUUAAACAUAGUUUGGGUCUACAAAUGACGAUCUUACGUUUUGUGGAAGUGAUUGCAUUGAAAAACGUACAGUCGAGAAGGUUUUAACUAGUGCUCACCAAAGUCUUUAAGA